CGUUUCCGUACCCUCUCUCUCUCUCUUCCCUUCUCCCGCCACCCCCUCUCUCUCUCCAAACCCUAAUGUAAACUCUGCGCUUCGGCUCAAACUUGCAGCUGCAAAAACAACACUUAUACACAGUCAAAAGUCGCAUCCAGUUAUGGCUUCAGACACGUUGAACGGACCAACGAACUUGAAAGUGAGAGAACUACUGAAGGAGGUCCAGCUCGACUACUCCCCUUCCUUCACUAAGCUCGUCGACGACACCGUUUCAGCCAUCAAAGACGCCAUUGACAGAAUCCCCCAAGACUUACAGGUUACAGCAGAUGUUGCACCGGGUUUUGUCAGAGAUAUUGGUGCCGACAAAGUGGAAUUUACGUUCAAGAAGCCGAUAUCUGUAGAAAUUGGGGGUAGUUAUUCGAUGCGUUGCAUUGCUAAGCCGGAUGUGAAUGUGGAUGUUUUUGUUCGAAUGCCAAAGGAGAUGUUCCAUGAGAAGGAUUAUUUAAAUCAUCGUUACCAUGCCAAAAGAUUUCUUUACCUUUGCAUAAUAAAGAGGUAUCUCAAACUUUCUUCAGUAGCUGAGAAGGUUGAAUGGUCCACGUUUCAAAACGAGUCUAGGAAGCCUAUAUUGGUUGUCCAUCCAGCUAUGAGGAUUGCUGAAGCCCCUAUUGUUUUGUUAAGGAUAAUUCCCACAGCAACAUUGGUAUUUAACGUAGUAAAGUUGAACAUGAAGCGGAACAACAUUCGUGCUCUGAAUCAAGGGGCUGUUCUUCAACCUACUCCGAAGUACAAUAGUAGUAUACUAGAAGACUUGUUCCUCGAGGAUAAUGCAGAAUUUGUCAGAAGAACUUUUCUUGGCUGGAAUGAACUAGGAGAGGCUUUGAUUUUGCUCAAAGUUUGGGCUCGGCAAAGAAGUUCAAUAUAUACCCAUGAUUGCUUAAGUGGAUUCCUAAUUUCUGUCAUAAUGGCGUACCUUGCAUCAAAAUCUGGUGGGAAUCGCAUAAAGAAGUCAAUGAACACAAUGCAGAUAUUUCGAGUCAUGAUGGAUUUCAUUGCUGCUUCAAAAGUAUGGGAGACUGGGCUCUUUUUCCAUCCCCAAGGCGAGUGGAAUACUUCCAAGGAGGAAAGGAGGACAUCUUUACAGUCAUUUCCAGUAAUCAUGUGCGACCAGUUUGCUGGCUUUAAUUUGACAUUCCGCAUGACAAAGGGUGGUUUUCUUGAGCUCCGAAAUGAGGCUGCUCUGACCAUUAGUGGCAUUGAUAAGUGCAGAGAUGGUGGAUUCGAUGAGGUUUUUAUGACCAAAGUUGACUUUCCUGCUAAAUAUGACUACUGCAUAAGGUUGAACUUGAAGGGGUCUACAGAAGUCAAUGCCUUGGGAUUUUGCUCGGACGACGAAUGUUGGAGAUCGUAUGAGCAGAAAGUACUUUCUCUGAUGCAUCAAGGGUUAAAUGAUAGAGCAAAGGUCAUCCGUGUUAUUUGGAGGAACACUCCUUUAGGAUGCAAUUUGGAAGAUGGUUUGUCUAUGUUUGAUAGAGAGCCAUUGCUCAUCGGGAUUUCAGUCAACACUUUAGAGAAUGCUCUUAGAGUCGUUGACAUUGGUCCAAAUGCCGAGAACAAAAAUGAGGCUCUCAAAUUCCGGAAGUUUUGGGGAGAUAAGGCAGAGCUGCGGAGAUUUAAAGAUGGCACAAUUGCAGAAAGCACCGUGUGGGAAUGCAAGCAAUGGGAAAGACAUCUUAUUAUAAAGAGCAUUUCAGAGCAUGUUCUGAUGCGUCAUCUUUCCCUUUCACAAGAAAGUAUCACAACCAUUGUGGAUCAACUUGAUUUUUCUCUUUGCUAUGGCAAUGAAGAUCCUUUAUCAUUUUCUGCAAGUUUACUUGAGGCAUUUGGGGUUUUGUCGAAGCAUUUGCGUCUUCUUGAUGACAUUCCCUUGACGGUAUCAAGUGUGCAGCCUCUAGAUCCAGCUUUCAGGUUCACAUCUGUCUUCCCUCCCAAACCUCAUCCCUUGGCUCUUGAAAAAGGUGUCAAACAAAGGUUCCAAAGCCUCACUUCAUCCUGCAUUCAAUCUCUUGAAGUUAUGAUCCAGUUGGAAGGUUCUGGGAACUGGCCAAUGGGUGAUGUAGCCGUUGAGAAGACUAAAUCUGCAUUCCUUCUCAAAAUUGGUCAAAGCCUCCAGAGCAAUUGGGGAAUGAUAUGUAAUGCUACUGAGGAUGAUGUGGUUGUUUUCACAUCUGGAUAUGCAUUUCGACUUAAAAUUUUGCAUGAAAAAGGGCUUACCUUGACGAAAUGGCCAAUGGGAAGUAAUCAAGUGAAACGGGUCCCAUCAACCGACAAGAUCCUUUACAUGCGGAGCCAGCAUGCGAGCAUGAUUAAUGGUUUACAAGGUCGUUACCCAAUCUAUGGGCCUGUUGUUCGGCUUGCAAAACGCUGGGUUGCUGCACAUCUUCUUUCAACUUCCUUGGGGGAGGAAGCAAUUGAGCUGUUGGUUGCUUAUCUUUUUCUGAAGCCUUUGCCAUUUCAUGCUCCUUCCUCACGGAUCACUGGAUUUCUAAGGUUCUUAAGAUUACUGUCGGAGUAUGACUGGGCCUUUUCUGCUUUAGUUGUUGACAUAAAUGGUGAUUUGACGCUGAAUGACGAAAAAGAGGUCAAUGGAAACUUUAUAUCGAGUAGAAAAGCCUACGAAGAAAACAUGCAAAAUGCAAGCCCAGCCAUGUUCUUGGCUACUGCUUACGACAAGGUAUCUGAAGCUUGGACCAGAUCAUCACCAACCUCAUCAGAACUUAGAAGAUUGGCGGCUUACGCAAAAAGCAGUGCAAAUUUGUUAGCAAAACUCAACUUGGAGGAUCAACUUGAUUCGUACAGAUGGGAGUGCCUUUUCCGAACUCCUUUGAGCAACUACAAUGCCAUUGUGCUUCUCCACAGGGAUAGAUUGCCUUACCCACAACAUCUUCUCUUCCCUUCUGAAGUGAACCAAGGGAUGCACGUGGUACGUGGGAAGCCAAGCAAGAAAUUCCAUCCCUUUCUAUUGCCUGGAGACAUGAAAGGGAGCUUAGAGGAACUGAAACAUAAGCUGAUGGUGAACUUUGAUCCUCUGAGAUGCUUUGUUGGUGAUAUAGAGGCAAAGUUCCCCAACAAGUUCAAAGUUUGGUAUGAUUCGCUUGGGGGUGAUGCUAUUGGCUUAACGUGGGAGCAAUCGGGAUCAAAGAAACGGGGACGAGAAGAAAUAGCUGAGGAAGAAGAUCUGUUUAAUGUACUAAAAUCUGUUGGUGAGGCUGGGAAAGGUUUCGUGAGGAGUAUUUAUCUUCCCAAGGCCCCAAAGCUAAAAUAAUUAAAAUAUUUCACCCUUGGGAGGUCUGGGAUUUCAGAAAACAGUGAAGGUGGUUUUGUGGUGUUAUUGAUUACAAGUGUUCGAUUAGUGAAAUUGGUUGCCUCAGUUUUGUUCCCAGUGGCUCAUACUUGGGAGGUGCAAGUGUUUUUCCCCGGUGAUUAUUCAGUGCUCUUGGAGCCCCACUACGUGGUGCUUCAAGUGCUUCUCCACCACACAUUGGUGUGGGAGCCACGCACUUUGUGAUGGAGUCCACACAAAUGUGUGGUGAAGAAGGCCCUUGGAACACCACAUGGCGGUACUUCAGGAGCAAUUUUUUUUUUUCCCCUCUUUUUUUUUUUUUCUUUUCUUUUUGGUUUUUCUAUUAUUUAAGAGAUCAUGGAGCCAAAGUGGCAUUUUUGUGUAUUAGGCUUGGUGGAGAAACAAUACAAGGAAUAACAGUUUUGUCUCUGUAGAAUAUGGCCACCUUGUGAGUGUAGGGUAUUAUUUACAAAGAGUUAUUUUUGUU